AUGUUGGAGAGCAACCAAGAAAACCGAGCCAAGAUUGUCAAUAAGUUGACUAAAGAAGAAAUGACGAAUUUACAGAAACAAAUCUACUAUUCAGAUAAAUAUACAGAUGAUGAAUAUGAGUACAGGCGUGUAUUACUACCCAAAGAGAUUGCAAAACUUGUACCAAAAUCUCAUCUCAUGUCAGAGACUGAAUGGCGCAGCAUUGGAGUGCAGCAAAGUCAUGGCUGGAUACAUUACAUGAGACAUGAUCCAGGGCGGUCUGCAACCAAAUCGCCUGUAGCUGGGAUCAAACAACCACACGUGCUGCUGUUUAGAAGGAAGUUACCUGGGAAGUAA